CUGACCCUAGCACAGUGAACACUGGAGACAUGACCCACCUCUACCAUUAGUCAAGUUCUCGGAGUACAGAAAGGAGUUCGCAGUUAUUUGCUAUUUACAUUACGCAGGAGUGUGUAAGUUUUGUAUCAGUGUGUCACAACUGUACAGCAUGGAUGGUUUCUUAAUGGAAGGAUAUUGUCUUUAAGAAUUAUGAUCAAAUAGAUGGACUGAUUGAGUAAACCAUACUGGAGUUAUACCAAUAAGCGUGUAGUUUGCCGCAUUCUGAAAAUAAGAUGACACUGUGUCUUUGAUGUAUGUGGCCCAACAUGGUCUGUAUCCAAUCCCGCUGGUCUUUGGAAUCUACCUAUCUACUUCUUAUCUCUACUUUGGUUUUUGGUUUGUUGACACCAAUAGUUUUGUCGGAAACUAAUUUUGGAUCUCGUCCCCUUUGGGGAUCUGGCAGAGGACGACCCCCAGGAAAAACAUGUCUCGAUUACUGUCAGUUAUUUACAAUAUGCCACCACGGGAAAUGUUUUCUUGAUCAGUCUUCAUGUGAAGUGAUUUGUGCUUGCGAGGAAGGCUAUAUGGGGAAAUGGUGUAAGGAAAAGGUGAGUAAGACAGGAGAUGAAACUAACAAUACUUCAAACGUCGGGACACCAUGGAUAUCUCACCCACAACCCGCACCAUCUGGUCCUACAAAGCGACCCCUCAUGAUAUUAGGGACAUUCAGACCAAGGAAUGGCAACAAAAAGAGACCCCCAUUUAUAUUUCCUUUAGGUAAUCCACCAUCUAACAGACAACGCAAUGACGGCAUGAAAGAACAGGAAGGCACCAAACCAAGCGAUAAUUCUUCAAACAAUAUUAAAUCAGACGUUGAACAAAUUGUUUUACCAAAUAGUACCACAAUGACAAUAAUUCGUUCUAAACUGGAAGAUAUGAACAACAUAUCGAAAAUUGAUAUCGAAUCUACCAACACAUCAUCGCCCGAGAUAUCCAGCAUAGACACACUGAUAGACACUAAUCAAGCCAACAAUACAACCGUACGCACCUCACCAGGAAUAUUGCACAACAGUAAACUUGCAGAAUUGUCUACAGAAAAAUCUACGUCCCCCAAAAUAGUGUGUGAAAGAUCGUGUCUGGUUGGUCAGUGUAUCCUGAACGAAGGUGUUUACAAAUGUGUUCGGGAGUCGUCACCGUUCACCAUAUCCACUAUGGACAAUUCCUCGAUGGCAGCCAGAGGAGAAUGUGGUAAAGGCUUUAAGUGUAAACAUGGUAUCUGUGAUCCUGAUCAACGCCGUAAAGGUCGGAUUAAAUGUCUCUGUGAUAAGGGGUGGAUUGGUACACUGUGUGAACAUCCAUGUGAGCUGGACUGUGGGGAACAUGGAGAGUGUGUCCAUACCAACAGGAACAAGACCUCUAUGAUAUGUCAGUGCAGUGCUGGUUACGAUGGCGACGGUUGCCAGGAUUUAAUUGUCCUUCCAGAGUUUACAAAAGAUGUGGAGGAGACUUCUGUUCACGUGUAUGUGAUUGGUUUUACCACAGGGUUCGUCGUCUUCUUCGCCAUUAUCGUCACCCUCAUCACUUACUGCAUGUGGCGCAGACGAUUUGUCUUCAUUAUGAAAAUCGUACAUUAUUUCCAACACUAUGAGGAAAAUGAUGGGCAAAUCUUUGACGCAUUUAUUUCCUACAAGUCUUCGAAGGAGGAUGAACAUUUUGUUCUAACAAAGCUAUACCCUAAGCUUGAAAUGGAAAUGGGAUUCAAAGUGUGCAUGCAUUUCCGUGAUUUCACGCCUGGUGAAGCUAUAGCAAACAACAUAAUAUCGGCCAUAGAACGGAGCCGGCGGACCAUUAUGAUCCUUUCUCCAAAUUACAUAAACAGUGAAUGGUGCCGCAUGGAGUAUCAAAAGGCUCAGCAUGAAAUGUUGAAGAUGCGACACAAAAUCAUACCCAUCGUUCUGGAAGAUGUAUCAAAGUGUAAGACAUUGGACAAAAACCUCAAAACUAUUCUGAGCACAGUGACAUACAUAGAAUGGCCCGGUGAGGAGGAUUCUAAAAAACUGGAGAAAUUUUGGAAGAAAAUUGAACUUUCAUUACCGAAGAAACGGUCUGGCGAGCAAUCAUCAUCCCAUAGUAUGGAAUCAACGUCGACUAGCUCCUCAUCAACGUCCAUUGAUAGCGAUGAAUCAAAGAGGAGUUCUCAGGACCCUGAUUCCAACACAAAACUGACUACAAUAUCAGAUUCUGUUAGCAUUGCAGUAGGUGAUCUGGGCAAAACAUCUCAACAAGGUAUUCAAUCUCCUGGAAAAGCUAAAAGUGAAACACGGCUGAAGAAAAUGAAAGAUGUGUUGAAGUUGAAAAUCAACAAUAACAACAAUCGUGUUUUACGUCGCGAAACAUCUGUAGAUUCCAACUUAUCGACACCGGCCUCUGCUACCCCAUCGCCGGGUUUCUUCGGUGGGAAGGACUCCACACCGUUGUUAUCCAGGAAGUUAUUAAACUGUAAGCAGCCCAAUAAAAGUGGUGCCAAGUCUUCUACGUGGUCACAUCGGAACCAUAAUCGGGGUCGCAGAAACUCUCAAACGCAGUCACAAUCCUUCACAGAAAGGGACCACAAUCGACCCAGUCUGGAUGUGAUUCCACAGACACCUUGCGGUGCGGAUCUGCCAGACGUUUGUUGUACAGGUGGAUAUUAUAACAUUGUUUGUGGAGAGAAUACUGACUCCUUCAAAGAAAACGAUUUGGCGGGAAUACACCAAUGCCCCACCUGUGUUUUCCCUCAGGAUGACGUGAAUGUAAACUCGGCUUUAAACUCAAACGAAGGCCAGGAACAACCUGAAAAUAAUUUAGGGAGUUCAUCUAACUUGAAUAUAAAUUUUGAUCAGGUACAGUCUGUGUACCCGACAAAUGUCUAUGGUUACGAUAGUAACGGUAAAAGUGUUGACAUCACAAACAAAUCAGUGACAUCAAAACCAACUACGAACUGUGUUACUUGCGCACUACGUUGUGACGUAGACAACAUGUAUCAGAACAGGGAACCCCAGUUCACGUCAGAUUUGAACACACCCUCUGAGGAACAAAGGCAUGCGAUUGUUAACAAAAACAUACAUUGUGAAUCAAAAAUAUCCAAUAUCCAAAAAGAUGAAAAUCCAUUACUAAACGUUUCACAGCUGCUAGACAGUAGUCGUUAUAUUCCUAACUUUCAUGUUAACAGUGCAUUUGUAGAUAAGGACGAGACCAAGCCUUGUACUCCGGUUCCACCUAUACGCAUCAAAAAGUUAAUGCGACAAAAUUCACGAGAAAAUGUAUAAGUUGUUCUUCUACGAAGAUUAUAUCACUAGAUAUUAUCCGCUAUUGAACCAGGUAGUGUUUCAUUGAUAUAGAAACACGACCUAGUGGUAUACUAAAGAACAGUACAUAUCUCAUCAAACAACGUCCAUUAUCUGAGAUGAACUCCAAUCAUAUGACAGCGAAAACAAGUUUCUUAUAUUAUUUGCAGCACUGCUCAAAUGCGUUAUCAGUCCCGCUCACAUCCUGAUUUUAGUUUACUAUUACAAGUGUGAUGUACCUCUGUAUGUCAAUGUGUCAUACAUGUUUUAUUAUAUAUGAAAAUAGCUGUAACACAUAUUGUGUUUUAUGUUAAUAUCUCAUCAGAUCACUCUGGUUAAUACAUCUUUGUAUGAUUUAGUACUGGUGGUUUUAGUACGCCCUCGGGCAAUGCAAACAGUGAUAUUUUUCAAUAUGACUUCAACCAUAUAUACAUUAUGAUUAUUUUCAAUAUCGCAACGCUAAUACAUAUAACAAUAGAUACUGGUCACGAAAAAAUAUAAUGAAAAAGAUAAAUAAGAUAUGGCAAAAUUUUUUUACAUUGAUAGUCAAUUAAUCUAGCUAUGAUUAAUUCGAAAUGAUUACAUAUAUUUCAAAAAGUUUCAAUUCCUAGAAAUGUAUUCCAUUGUCUACAAUAUUCGUCGUUACGAAUUUUAUUAAGAUGUGAUCCUUGCUAUACUAAUAAUGAGAUAUGUAGCGUAUAAUCUUCAGUAUAUAAUAUUCUUGUCGUUAUGUAUAGUAAACGAAAACAAAACUUUAAACGGAAAGGAAAUAUAAAACAUUAAUAGUGGUAAUAACAAUGUUGGUGUUAAGUUCACCAUAACUUAUUCAGUACAGAACAUGGUAUGCUGAUUGUAAUGCCAUGUUCCCAUAAAUGUCAAAAUAUGAGUUAAGUUCUGGACACGCUGUCGUCCAUGGUGUGGUACGGAGUCAUCAGGGUUGCUGACUCAUUCUGUCUAGAUCUGAAGUAAAAAAAAAACACAGACAUUAUCGGUGACAAAAAAUAAAAUAACAACAUUAAAUUGAUUUCUUGUGUUUUCCCGUUUAUUCUCGUCAGACUUUUUUGUAAGGUUCGUGGAGGGUCCUUUAACUGUAUUCCCUUUCGAAUCCCUUUUUAUUCUUUCUCGCGUACUUUUCUCCAGGGUCAUGAUAUUUUGUGUUAAUCCUUAUCCUGUCCCUGUCAUGUCAAUUAAACUACCCAGUUUCUCCUACCAUACAUAUAUGCCAUUCUUAGUUAUCACACCAUGCCCAUUAUCAAUAUAUCUCACAUCUCAUAUAAUACAUCAAAUUACAUUACAUGUGCUAUUACAUAACACACAUUUAUAUUUUCCAUUAUUAUAAUACCACAUAUUCACCAUUAUCAUAAUACCACACAUAUUUACGAUAAUUAUCAUACCACACACAUUAACCAUUAAUAACAUACCACACAUAUUACCAUUAUUAUCAUACCACACAUAUUUACAAUGAAUAACAUACCACACAUUUACAAUUAAUAUCAUACCAUACAUAAACCAUUAAUAUCAUACCACACAUAUUACCAUUAUUAUCAUACCACACAUAUUUACAAUUAAUAUCAUACCACACACAUUACCAUUAAUAACAUACCACACAUAUUACCAUUAUUAUCAUUCCACAUGUUUACCAUUAUUAUCAUACCAAACAUAUUUACCAUUAUUAUCAUAGCACACAUAUUUACCAUUAUUAUCAUACCACACAUAUUUACCAUUAUUAUCAUAGCACACAUAUUUACCAUUAAUAUCAUACCACACAUAUUUACAAUUAAUAUCAUAGCACACAUAUUUACCAUUAUUGUCAUACCACACAUAUUUACCAUUGAUAUCAUACCACACAUAUUUACCAUUAAUAACAUACCACACAUAUUUACCAUUGUUAUCAUACCACACAUAUUUAUAAUUAUUAUCAUACGACACAUAUUUACAAUUAAUAUCAUACCACACAUAUUUACCAUUAAUAUCAUACCACACAUAUUUACCAUUAUUAUCAUACCACACACAUUUACUAUUUCUAACAUGCCAUACUUGUUACUACUACCCUACAGCGACAUCAAUACACAUUGUACAUACACCCACAGUUACCAUUAAGAGACUGAUGACAACUGACCACGCCUUAUCUGUUUGAAGAUCAUAUUUAAUGUGGCCAUGCUUACAAAAUCACAUUAUUUAGUACAUAUAUAUAUGUGAAUGUAUAUGCAUAGCAUGCUUUUACAUUGUAUGAUACCUUUGCUGGGAUCAUUUACGCAUGCGCAGGUGUACAUAUUGUUACUUUAUAUUGAAAUAUAAUAAAGAGUCUUUCACAAAAUUAUU